AGGGCCGAAAGCAAAAGAUCAAAGCGCAGGUGUCCUCCUCGCUGCUUCAGCGUCGCCCGCCACCCCCCCCCACCUCCUCUCUGUCUCUCCCCCCACCUCCUCUUUUGCUCGCUCUCUCUUCGCCCCCACCCCUCUCUCUUCAAGCUUCCAGAAGACGUUGAGAAAUCUCACUCCAAGCAGGAGGAGGUGGCGGCGGCGUGGGGUAGCUCUCUGGAGCCAAGACGCUUCUUGGAUGCUCGCCCUUCGGAGCCUAGAGGAUUGUACGAGGCCGGCACGAAAGGGGCUCUCCGACGCCCAAAGAUAAAAAGAAGACUUUCCCCUCCUCCCGAAGGCGGCCACGCACUGCUUGAGCCCUUGGAUUGCCCGAGAAGACAGACAGACAGGGGGGCUUGCACGGGACCAUGGCAUCGGCGGACGGUGCCAACAAUAUGCCAAAGCAGGUAGAAGUACGGAUGCAUGAAAGCCACUUGAGUCCAGUGGAGCCUCGACCGAAGCACCUAUGUGUGCGAUUCUGCCUUUCACUCAGAAAAAAUCUGCUGCUUUCACUUACUGUAUUUGGUGUCAUCCUGGGUGCAUUAUGUGGGGCUCUCCUUCGUAUGGCAACUCCUAUUGAUCCUAAUAUCGUCAUGUUGAUAGCCUUCCCAGGAGACAUCCUGAUGCGGAUGUUAAAAAUGUUGAUUCUCCCUUUAAUUAUCUCAAGUUUAAUCACUGGACUGUCUGGUUUGGAUGCUAAGGCUAGUGGUCGACUAGGUACAAGAGCUAUGGUCUACUAUAUGUCCACGACUAUCAUUGCUGCUGUAUUGGGAGUUAUUCUGGUCUUAGCCAUCCAUCCUGGCAAUCCAAAGCUCAAGAAGCAGCUGGGAGAAGGAAAGAAGAAUGAUGAAGUGUCCAGUCUGGAUGCUUUCUUGGAUCUUAUACGAAACUUGUUCCCUGAAAACCUUGUACAAGCAUGCUUCCAGCAGAUUCAAACAGUCACCAAGAAAGUACUUGUACCUCAGGAGAUUGAAGAACCAGCCAAUGUUACAGAUUCCAUCUUUGCCAUGAUGAAUGAAACAGAAGUGACUCCAGAACCCCAGCUGGUCAUUAAGAAAGGUCUUGAGUUUAAAGAUGGAAUGAAUGUCUUAGGUCUCAUUGGGUUCUUCAUAGCUUUUGGUAUUGCAAUGGGGAAGAUGGGAGAACAAGCAAAGAUGAUGGUGGACUUCUUCAAUAUCCUGAAUGAGAUUGUGAUGAAGUUGGUAACCAUGAUCAUGUGGUAUUCUCCAUUAGGCAUUGCCUGCCUCAUCUGUGGGAAAAUCAUUGCAAUCAAGGACUUGGAAGUAGUUGCCAGGCAACUUGGAAUGUACAUGGUCACUGUGAUUGUGGGCCUUAUCAUCCAUGGAGGGAUCUUUUUGCCUUUGAUAUACUUUGUAGUAACAAGGAAAAAUCCCUUUUCAUUCUUUGUUGGUAUUUUCCAAGCAUGGAUUACUGCUCUAGGCACAGCUUCAAGUGCUGGUACAUUGCCUGUUACCUUCCGGUGUCUUGAAGAAAACUUGGGCAUUGAUAAGCGUGUGACAAGAUUUGUCUUGCCUGUUGGAGCUACUAUUAACAUGGAUGGAACUGCCCUUUAUGAAGCAGUGGCUGCCAUAUUCAUAGCACAAAUGAAUGGAGUUGUAUUGGAUGGUGGACAGAUAGUCACUGUCAGCCUGACAGCCACUCUUGCAAGUGUCGGAGCUGCCAGCAUACCCAGUGCAGGACUGGUUACCAUGCUUCUCAUCCUCACCGCAGUGGGUCUUCCCACUCAAGACAUCAGCUUGCUUGUUGCUGUCGAUUGGCUGCUAGACCGAAUGAGAACAUCUGUCAAUGUCGUGGGAGACUCAUUUGGAGCUGGCAUUGUCUAUCACCUCUCCAAGGCAGAGCUAGAAAACAUUGAUUCCCAUCACAAAGGACAUGAAGAUAUUGAAAUGACCAAGACACAGUCUAUUUAUGAUGACCUGAAAAACCACAGGGAAAACAACUCAAACCAGUGUGUUUAUACAGCUCACAACUCUGUGAUAAUAGAUGAAUGCAAGGUAACCCUGGCAACCAAUGGUAAAUCUGCAGACUUCAGUGCUGUUGAAGAAGAACCUUGGAAACAUGAGAAAUAAGGGAGAAACAACCCAGGUCCAUCUUUCAUGAGCCCCAGAAGUUGUCUUAUGGUAAAGCUGAUAUCAAGUUUAAAGAAGAUUUUUUUUGCUCGUUUCAUUUAGCAUAAAAAGUAUCUGCUUCCUUAAUGCUGUUAACGUAAACUCAGAAACACUCACACAAGUCAUUGUUUCUUUAGCAUCUUUUCCGAAUAAUUCACAAUCGUCUGUCUAACUUGUGUUACCAUUUGAAUUGAAACAGAUGGAAGACACUCAGUUGGUUUAAGAGCUGCUUUUUAGCUGGUCUUCCCCUUUUCACUCAAGACACAGAGAAUGUACAUGCUGCAAAGAGGAAAGAAUAAAAAGCCAAGAUGGCAGACUUGCUGUAGGGACUUAGGCUAAUGAUAAACAUGCAGUAUUGUGUAAACCAUACAGUAUUUGCAUUGCCUCUUCUGCUGUACAUGUGAACCAGCACCUUGGUGCAUAUUGAAUACUGUUAGCACUGUGGAACUGUAAUAUAUUAUUACUGUAAAAGUUUUACAUUUGCUUUUUAAUACUUGGCAUAUGACAGUCUCAGUUCCCUGUUCUUCAAUAUAUCUUUAAAGGUGUAGGGCUGCUUCUGGGAGCCCCUAAACAGGCACUCCAGUCCUAAAUGUAUUGACUGUGAACCAGAGCUCCAUGAAUGCCAGAUCUAUGCACACACCUAGGGUUUUUCAUUUUCAUCACUGCAGGUUCCUCCUCUGCUCCAGUUCUGUGAACCAGAAUGCAUGGGAAAUGUGCCUGGUGGUUCAUGAUACUAUCUGUCUGUGUUAACUUUCCAAAAUGAAUUAACCCACCACUGCUGCUUCCAUGAUUUGACCGCUUCCAUGGAUCUCCUUUCCAUGGAUGUUAACAGAAUUUACUUUCAUGAAGUGUGUUUAGGAUUGUGGAGUUAGAGAAAGAAAUAGGCCUUGUAGCUUUCAGGGCCAGCAACCCAUCCCAGCAACUACGCAAUUCAACUCAGUGGAGUUAGCCUAAUUCUAAUUUUGCAAAGAAGCAAGCACAAGGGUAGGCUAGGACUUUUGGGCACCUGAUGCAGGUGCAACAUUUUGCACCCUUCCGAGCUGCUGCCAUCGCCUUACUGGCCUGCCACUUGACUGCAGCGCAAGGAGCCAGAGCCGCUCUGAGUUUUCACAGCUAGGUGGAAUUGAAAAUGAGGAGUGGGACAACCUAAAAGGGAAGGCUUAAGGGGAGGACAGUGGUGGGCUAGAGCAUCUCUGUCUCUCUCCUCUCUCCACACUUCCUCUUAAAUUUCAUAAAAAUCCAACAUGGAUAAGCUGUCUCCAACCAGCAGCAGUGGCGGCGGUAGUGGCAGGUAGGAGAAGGUGUGUGUGGGGAGAUGUGGCAGUGAAAAAGGGUGGGGAUGCAGUGGUUGGCAGCACUGCUGCCCCCUGCUUCCUGAUCAUCUGCUCCUUGAGGUGACUGCCUCAGUUCACUUUAUUAUGAGGAUGCCUGGUUGGGUGUACAUUUGUCUGUCAGGCCAUUAAAGAUACCAUAGAUGUACACAGUAGACAGUGCUGUUACUAUUCCAGAACCUCUAGCUCAGCAAAUAGUGGAGCUCUUCACACAACUGUGACUGCAUGCGUUGUUGGGCGAGCAGCAGAAAGACAGGGAUGAACCUACCUUUCACCAGAUGACCACUCCAAGCCCCACCGGCAUGCAAGCCGCAUGCCCACAUGACCAGCGCUGCCGAGAGCAGCGCAGGAAAACAGAAGCCAAGUCUUGUUGUCCUGGCCUCCGCGAAUCCAACAGUGCACUGUGCUCCGAGCACUGAGUGCUCUGAGGGAUUCCCCCAGGAGAUGGGCACUCUAGCCACCUGUGUCAGCGUGAGCUGAAAGCAGCUCGGAUGGACACACGAUCCCUGAACCUCGGUUAAGAGCCAGGCUUUGGUGCUGGGUUUAGCGCUGCAGUACAACCGGGAUCUGCAUGGAUCUCAGUGGUUCUCACAGGCAGACAAUCCCAGGCUUGGCUACUUGUGAGAACAGCCUCACUAUCUUAAUCCUUGUUUGUUGAUAUUUGGAAGGGUAAGACACUUUUCUUAAGGAAUGAGAUAAGUCUGCCUGCAAAUACUUAUUGACAUUCAUUUUGCCAAGCACAAACUAUUAUAUAAGCAAAUGUUAAGCAAUUACCAUUGUUUUAAUAUCUAGCAGCUAUUUAUUUACUGUUUAAGAGCAUUUAUUUACAGUAUCAGACGUCUUUUCUCACAUUUUGGCCUGAAAAUAUUAGACUGAAGCAUUAGAUUGAGAUCCUGUCAAUGGAUGCACUUGGUCUGAACAAAUGGGUUCCCACCAAUAAUAUUUCAGACUUGCCAAAUAUUACUUUUAAUUGAUCACUCUGAUACACAAAAGUACACCACUUAUUGAAGCAAGAACAAUCUGUAAGUUAAGUCAGAAUAUGAUCUAAUUUCUUGCGGCUAGAUCCUUCCUGCAAAAUUAUAUUCUGCAAUCCUUCCUCAAGUGCAUCUGAAGAAGUCCCCACACAGUUCAAGGGAGUCAUGUCCCUUUACUUUAGUCCUUAGUGUGCAUUUAGGUCAAGUGAUAGGUCAUUUGGGGAAUAGGAAGUCUGUGAAUGCCCUUUAUGUCUCCAUCCAAUAUUCCCCUUUUGUGUAAGUUCCUUGAGCUGUGGAACUCAUGUCAAUCAAUUGAGUGGGGGGUGGGGGGAGAUGUGAUAUGUGAAGUAUUUUCAAAUUAUUCCAGACUGCCAUGUUGAGCUCUAUGAGCACCAUCACACCUAUUCAUGUUAACCUACCAUCAGUGAGAUACAUGGUGAUUGGUUCCAUGGUUCUACCACCACCUCUCCUCUAUCAUUUUAUACUUCUCCUUUAAAUGUACAAUUAGGAUAAGGAACCAGCAACAGGAUCAUCUUCAAAAAUGCUAAUUUGAAAUAUACUGCUGUUCCAAAGCAUUCGUCAAGCUUGACAGCGAGUUACAGAGAGAAACUCAUGUGUACAUGUGCAAAAUUAGAAUAUUUGAAUAGUUACAAAAAGAAAGAAAAUAUUUUACAAAACUUUGGGGGACAUUUUUAUAUAUGAUUGGUAACUCAGGGAAGUUCAGUCUUAUAACAUUCCUUUUCUUGCAGUAUAAACACAUGGAAAGGAAAGCAACAAUUUUGCUGGAUGCUUGUACACAUUUGCUAUAUAACUUCUGCAACAGAAUGUUGUCUUGUUAGUUGGUCAGCUUGGCCAUCAAAAAGUGUUUUCAUUUCACUGGGGAAAAUCUAAGAUCCUGAAUUGCCUCAUUAUACUAUGAUUUGCUUAUCUGAAGUGAGUUUGGUUGCUAAAUGAAAACAAGCAAAGAAAAAAAAAUGAUCCCAUAACACAAGCCCUAUUCAAACAUCAUAUUCAACGUGGAGUAUGAACACAUGUACACAUCUGUAUGCAUAUGCAGUCAUUCCCAGAUUGUGUUCAAUGCACAUUUAGUAGUACACUUCCUGUCUCCACUCUGCCUUUGAGGCCUGUACCCAAGUUCACUUUAAAAAUGAACACAUGUGAAGUCAUUCACACAAAAACAUGUACAUAUGCAGACAUCUGAACCCAAAUCUAUUUCUCCUUACCCGUCCCACUGGCCAGCGAGGGUGGGGGGAGCACCGGUUGGGCCAAGGGGCUGCUGCAGCCCUGCUGCUGUUGAGGAACUGCACCUCCACCGCAACGCAUAAGGUGACCUUCCAACCGCCCUCUCUUUUCAACCCCACAGGGUUUCCCCUUUUGCUUGUAAAGGGGAAUCCUUACCGGAUCCCACUUCACAAGCAUAGAGAACUGGGCCAAAUCGGUUCAACCCGGUUAUAGUGCAGAACCAAACUGCCGACUGGUUUUAAUUAAACGGCUCAUGGACCAGGUGGUUCAGUUCGAAGCAACCUCCUUGGAAUGGUUCCAUGCAUACCCCUAGUGGAUAUAAGAGGACUAUCUUCAUUGCUGGCCAUCAGGAGAGCCUUAAAGAUCCAUUUUUAAGCCUGGCUUUUAAUGAUAUCUAAUUUUAUCUUUAAUUUUAAUCUGGUUUAAAUGGGUUUUUUAAAUUGUUUUAUGAUGUGUUUUUUAUUUUAAUGUAAACUGCCCUGGGCCACUUUAGGAAGGGAGAAAUUGACUAAACAAACAAAUAAUACAGCAUAAUGUCGGGAUAGCCCUACAAACAAAUACAAAUGCAACUGAGAGGACAGUGCUUUUCCUUGGCAAAUGCCACUCCUUUUUUUCAUUAUAGUGUACUUUUUCUACUGGUCUGAGAUACUAUCUUCUCCAUAUCUGUUACAAGGCAUAGCAUCUAAAAGGAGCAUAUAAAAUAAACAGUAAUAAUCUCUGUAGCCCAAUGUCUUAUUUGCAAACAUCUGCUUCCUAUGUGCUGCCCAGUCUUGCAACAGCGUCCUAGCACAUCACUAAUAGAAUAUUAUUAGGAAUACUAUUUUUACUUAGUUCUAGUGCUUUCCCAAAUGAUGCUCAUAAACCUUCAUUUCUGUUUCACUGUUUUCCUUGCAGUCAAAUGGUGUAAGUAGCUGAGCUUAAGUGAGCUGCUUAAUUAUUAUUUUUUCCUAUUGAAAACGAAUUUUGCACUAGCACUUUAGGUGAAAGCGUUUCUUUGCUCAGGACUAGGCCAGACUAGUUUGCACCGCUAUUCUGCAUUAUCUGUUACUUUUUUCCUCAAUUAUUUUGAAAAAGGAAUUAGAGGAGUGCACAAAUCAGAUUCUGCUAUUCGAUUCAAGCUCAAAUUGAAUUGCAGAAUAAUUGAAUUGAUUUGUUGGAAACAGAUAGCUUGGCUGGUGGUCUUGACGAAUCACCCUCGAAUAACCCAAACUGAUUUGGGUGAUUCAAAAUGAGUUUUGACCCAUUUUGCAGGGGAAAGGUAAAAGCAUCUCUCUACUCAGGUCCAGUUUGCAUUAUCUGUUACUUCUUUCUCAGUUCUUUAGAAAAAGGAACUGAAAACAAAUCACUUCUCUGAAGGCAACAGAAAUUUAAGGCAUUGAACACCUUGCAGCUAGAAUUAAUUGUGUGAUUUCGGUUCCAGUUUGGUGCUCAACAUUUUCCACUUUCCGUUCUCUUUCCACCCAUCUUUUACUUCUUCCAUAAUUGCUCUAAUUCAUUAUAAACUUUUAAAGGCAUGAUUUCAAGGAAAAUCUUUAUAAAAGAAGAUUGCAUCAACAUAACAGAAGCAAAAUAACUUGGCAGGAAUGAAGUAGAAUAGAGAUAGUCUUGCAGGGUUGGUGCUCACCCUUUAUCACAAUUCAUAUUCUCUUUCCAUUCAAUUUCCACAUAUCUUCUAUCUUUUCCUAUAUUCUAAUUUAUUGUAAACUGCUUUGGGGCUGGUUUCAAGGAAGGUUUUACAAAAUCUGUAGACAUAAAUAACUGGGUAGAAGGACUCAGAUUGGAUAUUCUAGUACAUGACAAGUAUUCACACCAUUUUAUAUAGUAUCUUUUAAAUUCUAUUUAAAAUUACAUCUACUGCUAGAUGUAAUCCAGGGAUUUGAUCCGGUAAAGUCAGACACAGUGAAGCAAUUGGAAAUUUCUGACUUUAGAGGAUUCAACCUGGUAAUACUCAGCUUGUUGCUGGGAUUGCAUUUUGACACAUCUGUCAUCAGCUUGGGUUAAACUGGUUUGCUCCCCAAUCCAGUACCAAAAUGUGUAGUUAUCCAUUCAGUGUGACAUAUUGCAUUCAGGUUGCUGUAUAUGUGUCUAAGCUAAUUCUAUAACCAGACCAAUUGUUUGUUGCCACAAGCUUUUCCAACAUGCCUAGAGUGAAAUCUAGACAUGUAAAAUAAUAUUCUCCAAUACAUUUAACAGAAUUCUCUGAACUAUUCUCUCCUAUGCUAAAUAAUGCAGGAGAAUAUUUUUUUACUAGUCUAGAACACAAUUGCUUGGGUGUUGGAUUCUAGUAGAGGUUGUUUUACUCACAUUGUAACAAAAUGAAAUCAUCCUCUAAGUUGCUUCAAGUUAUCUGAGUUGUUUGUUUUGGAGUAGCAAUAACCAAUGGGAAGCAGACUUUUACCCAAAUCAGUUUUUGCCAACUCCUACAUCUAAAUUUAAUGUAAAUUUCACUAGGUUGGUUGUAUCCAAAUAAAAUUAGUCUUGGUCAUGACUAACCUUCUGUGGAUACAUCCUGUUGUAUCUCACCUAUUGCUGCUGGAGCAGUACACUGAUUGAGAUAUAAAAGAAAAACCCAGGUGUGUGCCUAUGGAGCUCCCAGGGAUUCCCAUUUCUUUGAACUGAGGGCCUGAUCUAUUCAUUCAAAACUGAUCCAUUCUCUGGAUCAAGAUUAUUUGAAAUUAAGAUUCAUUGAAAUCAAUGACAUGCCCAAAUGAAGUAUGUAGGAUUGGGGAUUAGAGAAACAGCAUAUUGUUCAAAAUCAUAAGAUGCAUACAGAUUGAAGACAAGGGAUGCUGACAAAAUUUCAUGCUGUGAAUCUUUUCCAUUAGCAGAUAGUGGCUGAUGUCCUGAUGAAUGUAGUGCUUGUGGAAGAACGUCGCAUUAAUACAAAGCUGUUGUGCUAGCUACUUGUGCUAAAUACGGAACUUGUAUUCUAGCCUAGCCUAUGUCUGUUCAAGCAUGUCCUCGCAACAGCUGCACAACUUCAGCACCUUCACUUGUGUACAAGAGUGCUAUAGUGUAAUUCCACAGAUGCCCAGUUUUUAGCAUAACUAUAUGAUCUUUGUGAGCAUGUGCAACUUUGCUCAUUACACAAGUGCUUCAUUAGGGUGUCGGCCAGUGUUUUGUACAUAACUUAGACUCCACAGGGACUUUUGUAUUUUUUAUUUGUUUUCUACAGAUUUGAAAACUUAUUUGCAAAGCCUGAUUGCAAGUUGAUUUUUUCAGUCGGUACUGUAGAUUCCAACAUUCCAUUUUUCUUUUCUUUUUUACUUUUUCCAAGUGUUUUCUUCAAGCAUCUGUAUAAUUUAAGUACUGCAACAAAAAAAUUCUUCCUAGUGUGAACUGUAAUUUAUGGAAUGCAUGAGAAAAAUAUGUAUUUCUACUUCUUAAAUAUAACUUCAUCACUGAUGUAACCAUUUAUACAUGCAAUGUGUAUUAGGAACUUUCUCCAGCAACCACAAACUACAGUGUAGACUGAAUCAACAUAUUUAGUAUCUGUAAUUUACAGACAUACAGAUAUUUUCUUAUACUAUUUUCUAUAAAAUCUUAUAAGACAGAGAGAGCAUACAAAUAUCCUUACAGGGAAUCCAUAUUCAAGGGGAAGUGGCAGAUUUUCUUAUAUAUAUAUAUAUAGAUGAAUGAAAAUGAUCUAAGUUAUGUUAAAUUAACUUAACUCUGUAAACUUGAUUUAGAACUUCUAAACAAAGCACAACUAGCAAUUCAAGGUGUCUUAAAUGCUGCAGUUCAUUAUGGAACACUAUGAUGUUCUAGCAAUCUUUUAGACUUCUCAGAUAAACAGAUGAGUGAUCCAUUAUUUUUGAUGGUUUUACCAGGAGAAUUCAGAAGGGUCUCCAUCCUACAAUAUACAUAGGGUGUGAUCCAGUAUAAUUGAGUCAUCUAUAUCUUUUGUUCCCUAGCACCCCUGUCCUACCUGAUCUAGUUUCACAAAUUUACUUUGAAUUUAGUUUUGGAUGCUUAAACAUGUACAAGAAAGGAUACAGUCCAGCAAAAUCAGGAAUGUAAAAUAGAUAUUUGAUCAAUAAUUUCUAGCAUAUUUUGGCUUAUUGGGGUUAGAUAUAUAUUACAUCUAUUGUAAGAUGUGAAUAGAGCAUAUAUAUCUCCACAUAUGACUGAGAUGUAAUAUAUUUCUAACUGUUGAACAACUUCUGCUGAUGAAGAUUACCAAAUGCAUCAGAACAUAUUUAUUAAAUAACUACUGCACUUCGGCUUUGUCUGCUGUAUCUUUUCUACUUUUUGAUAUCUCUCCCCCUAUUUUGGUCAAGAGAUACAUGGCCAAGCAGAUAAUCUAAAAUAAACAAAAUGAAGUCAUACACAUGCAGAUUAUGUAAGGAACUGUAGAGUUUAAUCGUUGCCUUUGUACAAAAGGACCAAACAACACAUUUAUGGGACCAUGUCAAUUGAUAGCACAUACAGAAAUACCUCUUCAUUUAAAAAAUUUGUAAUAAAGCACACAGUAUAUUUUUCACCAAGGUGAUCUAUUUUAGUCCCACCCUAUUAACUGUUUAGCAGUUAAUUACAGAAUACCUGUAGUCUUAUGGCCUUGCUAUUAGCCAAGCAAAUGAAUGAGCAAAGAAAAGUUCUUAAAACCUGAGGAAUACAAUAUAGAUGUUGCCCCUUUUGGCACACUGACAGCAUAGCAUACAACAGGGGGUAUGUACCAAAAUCACCAAUGAUCCACAAAACAGGAAUAUUUAAUUUGCAAAACCUGUUGUACAUGCCUUGCGUUUGGGUGAGCAAAAUGUACAUAUAGGAAGUAUGUUGAUGUAUCCUUAUUUUGUAAUCCUCUUAUAUUUUAAAGCGAAUUUUCAGGUAUUCUUGUAAUUAGAGCCAAAUUAGUAGCAAGACAAAGUACUAAUAAUAAUAGCUGUGAAAGCAUGACGCUUGUACGAAUACCAGUUUUGAUGCGUCUUUUUCCGCAUGAAGAACAGUGCCUCUCCGCACUUUGUGUAGAUAAUGUAGUUUAUCUUGGUGUAAUUUCAGUGAAAUUGUGUAUACAGUAUUAAUAUUCGUGAUUUGAUUUGAUUUAACUUAAUGUCAACUGAGCUGGAAAGAAACUAUAACAAGUUUUGAAACAAGUUUUGUUAGGUUGGCUGGGUCUGGUCACUGUUGGUAGAUCAAUUUCCAGACAUUUAAAAGAAUAAUAUCUCUAGUCUGAUAACAAUUUUUAUAUGUUGUUAAUAUAAACCGCAUACUGGUGCAUGUCAUAUCUGAAUAAUUGUUAAAAUCGUGUAUCACAGCCAACUCAUUGUAAAUAUAUUAGUUUUUGUUUUUAUAUAUCUAACCAGCAGCAUGUCUAUGUGUGAGAGAGAAAGAAAGUAAGUAUGUGUGUGUGUGUGUUUGUAAAUCCCUGGCACUUAGUGAAUGUGAUUUGUCACUUGGAUUUGCUGCACUGUGAAUGCCACUACAUUAAUUAAUUAAUGUAGGUGUAUUAUGAUGAUGAGUUUAUUCAAUUAAUGUUACUUCUUCUGUUUACUUGAUAUGUUGGAAAUGCAGUGACAUGAAAUUAGUAGUUGCUGUAUCAGUUACCACCUUGGUCAGAAAGAAAACCCAACCUUUAUGUAAUCUUUACUUUGGAUUCUGCAGUUGCACAGUUUGAACAUUUGCUCUGCAAUGUGGAAUCCACAGUCACCCAACAACAUUUCAAAGUUUCCUCAGAUGUUUAUUUGCUCACUGACAACAGUCUUCGUUAAAGAAUCUGCAUAGAUUGAACUACCAUUCUGUUUUAAAUUAAAGCUUAGAUCAAACUGGAAUGCACACCAAACAUGGCCAUUUUCAUUCCUAUAUACUUAUGAUUUAACCAAAAGCACAGGGGCAAAUACUGCUUCCAUUUGCUUGUUUUUAAACAUCAGCACAUUAUGAAAAAAUGAAAAUAUAACCACAAAUCCAAAUUCAUGUCAUAUGGGGAGAAGACAUAAGGUAUUGUGUUUGAGGUGUAUUUUAUACCUUUUUGUGUACACUUAAACACAUUUUUCAUAAUUUUCAUGCCUUAAUGCUUCAUCUGCCAUACAGUAUGAAUAUCUAUAAGAAUAUGGACAAGAACCAAUCCUUUAGGCCUGUGAUCUUCACUAUUUUUGAAGUGGGGGCCACUUUGCCAAAAAAUCUUCAAUGUAAGAGCCAUUUCCCCCCUACACUGACCGCUACCCAGUGCUGCACUUUUCCAGCACCCACCCUUUCAGAGAAAGAGAGCCCUAUCAACCUCCAGCACCAUACUGGAAUGUGCAUAGAGUGCUGGGAUGUGUACUACUUUACUCACAGAGCUUUGUGGUGUAAGUGCUGGGAAGGUCAGUAAUUCUCUCUUGUAAGGUGUGCACAGAAUGCUGGGAAGUGUAGUCAUUCUGAGCAUUUCCCCCAUAAAGCUCUGUGAAGAAAGUGCUGGGAAGGACUGCACUUCCCAGCACUCCAUGCACAUCCUCCAAGAUCACGCAGGGACUCAUGAGGCCUCUGUUUCUCUUAAAGGAGCCCAGCUGGUGCUGAGCCGUGGAGAUGGUCACUUCCGUAUGGUGCCAAUAUUCAGCUUUGGCUGAAGCUCUGCACAGGCCUAAUCAACAAUUAGUCAGGAAGCUGCACUUAGGGUCGAUGAGAGUCACCUCUGGCUCCCAAGCUUUGCAAUGAAGAACACUGCUUUAGGCUAUUAGUAUUAUCUGUUAACAAAAAUGUAAAUGUAAAGGCAUUAUAUUAUGCAACUUAUACUAGACAGACCUGGAAAAAUCAGAAAGGAACCAAAAUGUUUUUAAAUUAGAUCAUGUAGAUUGAAUAAUAGAUCCAUACAGUUGAAGGGAGCCUUGUAGGCCAAAGGCCAGAGCAAGAACAUUACUGUGAGAUGGCUGAUCAGCCUAGCACCACCCCUAGGUGAUGGGAUUCUAUUGUCAAACUUUUCUCAUUGUUUAAAAGUUUCUUAUAAUGUUCAACCAAAAUUACCUUUCUUUAACUUCAGCCCAUUAGAUCUUGUCCUUCCCUCUGCAACAACAGAGAACAUGUCUUUGCCCUCUUCUGUGACAGCUCUUCAGGUGCAUGAAGAAUGAUAUCCUGUCCCCCUCAGUCUUCUCCAGUCUAAAAAUACUGAGUUCCUUCAACCUUUCCUUAUAGGACCUGUGUUCAAGAUCCCUGAUCUUCUUCUUCUCUGCCCUUCUCUGAAGCUGUUCCAAUUGGUCUACUCUUAAAGUAUGUCUCAUGAUAGAACUGGACACAAUACUCCAGAUAAGGUCUGAAUAGUGAGGAGUAUAGUGGAAAGAAAAAUUAGAAUCUUGAAAACUACAUACCAAUCCAUCUACAAAAGGAGAUUACAAUGAUUAGUAGCUGGCUUCUGUGAAUCACUGCAUUAUUAUCUAGAUGGUUCUGGACUGACUGCUUUAUAAAGUUCUAGCUCUCUUUUCUGAUAUCAAAGUUAGAUUGACUGGUCUCUAGUUUUCAAGAUUCUCCCUGCCCUUUUAAAGAUUCAAAUAUUAGCUUAUCUCUAGUCUUGUGGUACUUCGCCUGCUCUCCAGGAUUUCUCAAAAGAUGAUGGACUUUGUGAGGAUAUCAGAAAGUUCUUUUAGUACUUUAGGAUAUAGUUCAUCUGACCCUGAAGACUUGAACUCAUUUACAGUAGAUAGGUCCAAUUCCUAAUCAACUCAUCAAUUCUGACCCGCUACCAUUCACGCCUCUUUCAAGGGGUUGCAAACAGUUUUCCUUUUGGAGGAAGUUGCAGGCAAAAUAGGAUUUGAGCAGUUCCUUGAUCCUGGAUCACACAGGUAGCAGCUCAUGGAAGCGCUGGCCAUCAAGCUUACAGAACCUGCCUCUUCAGACAAAUAUGGCUGUAAGCAGUGGAUGGGCUGGCCUGAGGGGUUGAAUGACAGCACAGGGCAGGACUUCCUCCCCGCUUCUGCAGUUUUUAUUUAUUUAUUUAUUUUUACAUUUCUAUACCGCCUUUCGUUAAAAAACAACCCCAAGGCAGUUUACAAAAAUUAAAACAUACAAUAAAAAAGCAAUAAAAAACACCAAGCUAAAAACAUAUAAAAACAAUACAACAGAUAAAAACACACUGAAGCAGCAGUAAAAACGAUUAUGUAAAAGCCUGGGUAAAAAGCCAAGUCUUUACAAGCUUUCUAAAAGCCGCGAUGGAGCAUGAGCACAGCUGGGGCUCAUAACACGUGGAUAAGGCUCAUUAUCCAUUACCCAUUAAUAUUUCAGCAUUCUUACUAUGUACCAUUUUCUCCUCCUUUCUCUUGCUUCAAAUGUACCGCAAAAGGGCCCCCCCACUGUCCUUUUUUUUUUUUUUUUGCUCAGCAUCCCCUGGCAGCCUCUACUCAUUCUGAACUUUAGCUUUCCUAACAAUGGCUGACAUCUUGACGAAUGAAGUGUGCACAUAAGAAGGCCCUGUUGUGCACUCUGUGCAAGGCCUUCGCUCUCAGUCAAAACAAGACAGAGCAUGAGUUCAUCAACACUUGGCUUCUUGAUUUGAAUUGGGAGGAGGGUGCUUUCAUGCAAGUCCCUCAGUCCCCCUGCACAUACUGAGGCUAUUCCCAUGAUCGCCAAAAAGCAGGCUAAAGAAGCCCAGCCCGCUUUUGGGCGAUUGUGUGCUGCAACGGGAGCCACGUGGCUCCUGACAGCUAGCCACACUAAAUUCCCCUCCCCUUAAAUGAGGUCAACGGAGCAAUCGCGCUGUUAACCUUGUUUUUGUGCUCAUGUGUUGCCACAGCAUCCACCCAUGGCGACACACAUCCACCGGUUGCAUGGGAGUAACAGCAGGAGGAAGGGCAGGCAUGCUCUGCCUGUAGGCUUCCAGCGGCAUCUGGAGGGCCACUCUGUGAAACAGGAUGCUGGACUGGAUGGGCCUUGGGCCUGAUCCAGCAGGGCUGUUCUUAUGUACUUAUUCAUCCUUGGUGACCUAUAAUUCCUUCCACUUCUUAGACAAGCCCUUUAAAAAAAUCCAGCUCAUCACUAAGCUUUUUGUUCAGCCACAUUUUUCUUUUUCUUUCACACUGAAGUUUGUAACUGUACCUUGAGUAACUCCUUUAGGAACUCUCACCCAUCUUGGGCACCUUUCCCUUUUUAGCCUAUCUAGUGCAUGAGGUUAUUUAAAUCAGUUUUCCUGAAAUCUAGAGAAUAUAUUUGACUAUGCUCAUCUAUCGUUUUCAAGAAGGUCAAGAAUUCCAGCAAUAUAUGGUCACUGAAUUGAUUGAUGGAUUAAGUGCUGUCAAGUCAGUGUCAACUCUUAGCGGCCACAUAGAUAGAUUCUCUCCAGGAUGAUCUGUCUUCAACUUGGCCUUUAAGGUCUUUCAGUGGUGCAUUCAUUGCUGACGUAAUUGAGUCCAUCCACCUUGCUGCACAUCGUCCUCUUGUUCUGAUCACUGAAUAGUUCAUGGUCACUGAAUAGUUCCCUCCAACCUUAUUGGCCAGUUCUUCUGGAUAGCUGAUUCCCUUGUUUGUUCUGAAAGAAUAACUUGUCAGGAACACAUAGGGAAUUUGCUGGAGAUUUAAUGCUUUGUGAAGUGUGUCUCUCAACAGAGAUCACAGUAGUUGAACUACUAAACAAACAUAUAAACUUCUUCUUCUUCUUCUUCUUCUUCUUCUUCUUCUUCUUCUUCUUCUUCUUCUUCUUCUUCUUCUUCUUCUUCUUCUUCUUCUUCUUCCGGAAACAUCCAGCUUGUUCUUCAUGGUUUGUUGAUCUGUAGUAGACUCCAAGUACAAUUUUGCUUUUAUUUUCAAAAAAUUAACCACAAAUACUUUCAUAUGCUCUCCCACCAAGACUUUGCUAUACCUAUGAAGUUAUAUUUACCUUGCUGACUUAACACUUAUCUUGUUCAUUUCCUGAACUCUGGGCAUUAUUGUAUAGAUAAUACAGGCCAUGGAUAUUGUGCUCUAGUGUCUUUCCCAUUACUUUACUGUAAAGCUUGCUGGGCAACCCUGCAACUCCCCCAACCCACCCAGUUCCCCUGUAGAACCCAACUUUCCAUCUUUAGCAUUUACCUGUGUCCUUUUCUCUCCAUGCCCCACAGGAUGUUUUUAGGAAUAUAGAAACAGAGGAAGCUGCUUUAUACUGAGGCAGGCCAUUGGUCAGUCUAUUUUCUAAAAUGACUGGUAUAGCUUAGUUUCAGAUGGGGUUUUCCCCCCAGCCCUUUCUAGAAGUGCUAUGGAUUGAACCAGAGACCUUCUCCUUGCGAGGCAUGUACAUUCAGAGUACUAAGCAGCUGUCAUCCCCCCCUUCUAAAGCUUAAAUCUCUCUUGAUCAGGCUUCUGUCAAACAUACUUUUUUCAGUCCUUGUAUAGUACAGCCCCUUGCCUGCCAGUAGUUUUCCAUUAAAGCUUGGAAUUUUUCUUGUUGACACUAUCUGCUUAAUCAGUUAACCCAAAGUAUUCAUUCUUCCCUUUCUAGUCUUCUGCUUUUGCCUUGUAGACUUCUGUUUUUACAGGAAGAAUUGACAGGACCAUCUGAGCCCUAUGGUCUUUCACCUUUCCUCCAAGAGGCAAGGCAUAUAGGCAGAUGUGAUACUUUCACACCUGCAGACAGUUAAAAGUAACCUUUUGCAUUUACAUAAAAGUAACAUGGAUAAGCACAUAUCACUGUAUGCUACCUGUGAAGCCUAGGGUCAGCCAAAGCUCCACCAGCACCUGAUGCUAUAUGCCAUUGCCCCUCAACCUGGUGAUGCGUGUUGCAUGUCAGCUACUUCUCAAUGCUACUCUCCAGAAGCACACACAUCUCUCUUCCUUCUUUCCCUUACCUGGUAGUAGGAUGACAAGCAGGCAGAGGCAGCGGAUGGAAGUGGGUAAGAAAGAAAUGGGAAGUAGGGCAGGAGCACAAAAGAGAGGGGAGAGGCAGGCAGGUAGGUAGGUAUUCAUGAAAGAGCUGCCUCAUCUUGUCUCCAGGAAGGGCUGGCUCUGCUAACCCUGUACCAGGUUGGUCUAAAAUGGUGACAUAUUGCAUGCAGAACUCACUAAUGCUUUCACCCCCAAAAUAUUAUAUAACUAUUUAUCUGGCACUUCCUGUGGAUUUAUUUUUUAAAAAUGGAAGACAGCAGCAGCAGCUCUUAGUUGAUUCUGGCUUUCUUCUUAUGAUUAACUUCUAGCAACUGCCAUGCAAAUUUAAAGUGUAAGGUUAGCAGAGCAUUAGGAUCCUGACCAUGAGUGCUUGGUUAUGCUAUAACCCUGAUACAGCAAUAGAGGUCCAAUACAAUUCCAGGGAAUCUGCACAUAUGUCUUUUUCCAUUGUGCUCAUGGUUUGGGGAAACUUGAAUGUGUACACAAUCUCUCAAAUUCCAUUGUCAAAAUUCUUGCCUAUUCCCUAGGUGACACAUGAUUUCUGUCAAGAUCCAUUCUAAGAAUCAGUGCAAAAGAAAAUAUAGUGAGCUUGGACUUCAUCACUGAUUGACAAUGUUCAUCUGGGGCUUGAAAUGGUGUAUACCUGUACCACAUUUUGUGUAAGGACUAAUGACUGCAAAUGAUAAAACUUCCUAUUUACUCUGGUUACCUUCUUGUAUACUGUAGUAGGAAUGCCUCGUUGAGUGAACGUAUUUUUUGUAGUUCUAAUCUUCCAUCUAUAUAUUUAUAGAUACCUUAGCUAUAUCUUGAGUAAAUAUUUGCUUUUAAUACUUUCUUACUGUGUGAACUGAUUUCUGUAACUUAUGUAUAAAACAAAACUGGACAUUCUUUAUAUACUGGAAAUAAUAAGCAAAGACCAUAUUUCACUAAGUGUUGUACUUUUUAUGUACAUAUCAUCAAUAAAUGUGGAUGCAUAAUUUUCA